UUCAGCUAUUCAGCAUACGUUUUUAAUGAUUAUCAUCUUUAUCUAUGGCCACGUAUGUUGUUUCCUGACAGGAAACCAACAGCAGUGAAGUGAGCAGCUUCACUGAAGUGAGGAACUGAAAAUACCACUCGUCGACAGUCAGCUAUAGAAGUAGAUGUAGCUCAUCCUGUUUCUGUAAAGUGUGCCAUGAUGUCUACGCGACUGCUUUUGCUUUUCUGUCUGACAGAACAUGUGUUUACCAAACAACUGCCUGAUGUGGAGUGUGUGGUGGUGCAUCUCAAAUAUGUCCAGUGUUUCUGGAACAUGCUCGGGACUCCACAGAGCAAUUUCACCUUCUAUGGCUGGUUCCACUUUGAGAAACCAAUGACUGAGUGCACAAGCUAUUUGUCAGAAAAGGGCAUAAAUAUUGGAUGUAAUCAACCAUAUACCGAAAAAAGCAACAGGUUCAAUACGUUUUACACCCUACUCGAGGACGGCAACAACAAUCACUCACAGACGCAUGAACUUCGACAUAGAGUCAUGUUAUAUCCACCCACCAACCUGACUGUCCAAAUGGAGUCAGAUUUGAAUCUGUGGCUGUACUGGAACCAGACCAAUCAUGGCUGUGUGGAGAGCGAAAUUCGCUAUAACAUCAAUAACAAGGAGUGGGAUACAACUAAAGUCAAUACUGGGAAGCAGAACCACUGCAUCAAUCUGCCCUGCAGCCAAUGCAAGUAUGAGUUGCAAGUGCGAAGCAGAUUGGGAUACAGCUGUGCAGAGUCUGUGUUCUGGAGUAACUGGAGUGAGCCUGCGGUCUGGGGGGUUGACAACAGCCCAGGCACACAUGAAAAACAAACUGAUCAGAUGAAGUCAAUGUCAGUGUGGACUCCAGUGCUUAUUGUGGUGGGCUUCAUCACCCUCAUCUUAUUGGUCAUGAUGUUGCUGCAUCAUGAUAGGCUCAGAAUCAUCCUCAUCCCCCUUGUUCCCAAGCCAGCCCUGAUUCCUCGUGACAUUGAGGAUUGGUUUGAACACUCUAAAGACCUGAAAGAGAGUUUUAAGCCGAACUACAACGAGCGUGCCUGUACCGUCCGGGAGUACACCCACAUCUCCCAGUCUGACAGCGAGGGCUCUGUCAGCUCCACCUCCUCUGUCACCACUGACCAAUCCGACUGCUCAGUCCUCAUCUCUGCAGACGAGCCUGACCCCGCUCCCCUUCAAGCUCCAGAGGUCUAGUCUCAUCCAAGCAGGCUGAGCAGAUGUCUGAUGAGGCAUGUUAGCGUUUAUGUCAGGAUUGGGUCUCACAAAUCUUUACAAUCCAGACGUAAUUCUUCUGCACAUAUCCUUCAUGACUGCAAAGAUUUUAAAAAUGUUCAAACAGUGAAGGGUUAGAUCCAUGAGACAUAUAUUUGGGCUUGUACAUAAACAUUCACUAAGCAGCUCCCAGAAUCCAUGAGGAGAAACCACAUAUCUGUUUUGAGGAAUUUAAGUGAUGUAUUCAAUUUUAUAUAUAUUUUUCUACAUAAAGGCCAAGAUACUAGACUUAGUAAGUCAAUACUGUUCAUUACUGUUCAUAAUUUGUAAUAUAUAUGAAGCUUCAGUUGAGUUGAGUGAUUCAGUUGCUAGUUAAAUUGAAAUCAGGCUUCAUGUGAACUUUGGGGUUACAAGUUCAGAAAAUAUAAAGACCAACAUAGAGUGUUGUGAAUGUCCUUAAUAGCUUAUUAUCAUGUAUUACCUCGUACUUUAUGGCUAAUAAGAAACCCAUUAGUAGCCUAAAUCUCUUAAAUCUCUUCUGUAUCAUUACUGAAACAUAAUCAAACAACCAGAAUAAACGCCUGCCAGCGUAAUUUUUUUUAAAGACCUGGCAACUAUUGAAAUGUUCUUAAGGUCAAAUGAUCCAAAAAAAAAACUAUUACUAAAUAACCAUCAUGUAUUAAUGAGGCGAUUCUCUCCAAUAUAAUAAAAAAAAGUGCCCUAUUUGAAAGUGGCACCAAAAAGUCACAACCCCAGAUGAAAUAUUGUACCAUUAUCUACCAAUCCUCUUUUGUAACAUGUUUCAUUACUUUGAUGUUACCAUACCAUACAAUUAUAUGAUGGGCCUAAUUUCCCAUUUCAUUUUUUAUGUAGGCCUAUAUCCAAAAAUUGAUGUCGCCUAAUAGAAAACAAUUAAAUGUGGGUGGCCUACAUCGUGUGUUUUUCCAAUUCGGCCUUGCUACAUGCUGUGUAAACCUUCUUCCUGCAUUUUUCCAAUAAAUAUCGCUUAUAUGUC